CAUUUUGUUAUGCUGGCGAAGGUUACAACCUUGAUAUGACUAUAUAAGUUGAAUGGAUGAUCUGUGUUGAUCAGAUGAAAUGAACGGAUCCUCUCUGGAUGCAGUUCGCGCUCCCGACACAGGGGGGCAGAAUGUCACACAAGGUUGUCCUCAGCCCGGGUGAGUUGGUUCUGAUGUCUUUGUUCCUAAUGUAAACCAUCAACACUUCCACUUUUACACGACUCCAUAUUUUAUUGAUAAACACCAGUUUUUAAAAGGAAUCUGCAGACUGAACGUGUUUCCAUCUUUUUCUCUGCUUAGGAACCAAACGGCCACGGGAUCUUGUUCUGCCGGAAGGUAUUUAGCGACCCACAUAAUACCGCCGUUUCCCUGACAACGAGAUUUUGUUGAUCACCAAACGGCUCCCACAAACAGAUCUGUUCAGGAACUGAGACUGGACCGGUUCGUAUGGAGGAGGAACUGUUCGCUCCGUCAUGCUCCUCAGCAGCAGAGGCGGCUUUCGACGUGGUGAUCGGCUGCAUCCUGGAGAUCAUCAUGGAGGAGGACUUCCAGCUGGUCCAGCGUAGCUUCUUGGACCGGCACUACCUGGAGUUUGAAGAGUCAGAUGAGAACAAGCUGAGCUACACUCUGAUCUUCAACGAAUACGUGGAGCUGCUGGAGAAACCUCUGGAGGAAUGUCUGAUGAAGAAGAUCCCCGGAUUCAACAUGGCCAGCUUCACACAGCUGCUGAUGCAGCACAAAGAAGAAGUCCCAGAGGAGAUGUUUGACAUGCUGCUCACCUUCAUCGACUUCAUGGCCUUCAAGGAAAUGUUUGUCGAGUACCGAGCGGCUAAAGAGGGUCGAGGUUUGGACCCGAGUCAGGAUCUGCUGGUGACGUCUCUAAACCCGGCAGGUUCUGCUGGACACCAGUAGAACCACCAGAACCACCUUGGUCCUCAUAUUGGAGCUGCUUCCAGUCUGACAGAAACUCUGACCUGAUUCAAGACUAAGAACUCACUGAGUGAUGGAUGAACAGAUGAAUGAAUGGAUGAAUGAACGGAUGAACAGAUGAAUGAACGGAUGAAUGAACGGAUGAACAGAUGAAUGAACGGAUGAAUGAACGGAUGAACAGAUGAAUGAACGGAUGAAUGAACGGAUGAACAGAUGAAUGAACGGAUGAACAGAUGAAUGAAUGGAUGAAUGAAUGGAUGAACAGAUGAAUGAACGGAUGAAUGAACGGAUGAACAGAUGAAUGAACGGAUGAACAGAUGAAUGAAUGGAUGAAUGAAUGGAUGAACAGAUGAAUGAACGGAUGAACAGAUGAAUGAACGGAUGAACAGAUGAAUGAACGGAUGAACAGAUGAAUGAAAGGAUGAACAGAUGAAUGAAUGAAUGAACGGAUGAAUGAACGGAUGAACAGAUGAAUGAACGGAUGAAUGAACGGAUGAACAGAUGAAUGAACGGAUGAAUGAACGGAUGAACAGAUGAAUGAACGGAUGAACAGAUGAAUGAAUGGAUGAACAGAUGAAUGAACGGAUGAAUGAAUGGAUGAACAGAUGAAUGAACGGAUGAACAGAUGAAUGAACGGAUGAACAGAUGAAUGAAUGAAUGGAUGAACAGAUGAAUGAACGGAUAAAUGAACGGAUGAACAGAUGAAUGAACGGAUGAACAGAUGAAUGAACGGAUGAACAGAUGAAUGAACAGAUGAAUGAACGGAUGAAUGAACGGAUGAACAGAUGAAUGAACGGAUGAACCGAUGAAUGAAUGGAUGAACAGAUUAAUGAACGGAUGAAUGAACGGAUGAACGGAUGAAUGAACGGAUGAACAGAUGAAUGAACGGAUGAAUGAACGGAUGAAUGAAUGGAUGAACAGAUGAAUGAACGGAUGAACAGAUGAAUGAAUGGAUGAACAGAUGAAUGAACGGAUGAAUGAACGGAUGAACAGAUGAAU